GAUUAUGUGAUAAAGAUGAUAAUGUGUAUUAAAAACAAAAACAAAAACAUAAAAAGAAAUGGCAAACUCAAAUGUUCUCUCUCUAACUUUUCACUCUCCUCAAGAAAAGGAUCAGCUUGAUCGAAGUGUGAAAAGGAUCAAAAAUGUUAAUCUAAUCGCUACUGCUCCAUCUAAAGAAGAGCAUAUGGUGGAAGCUGCAGCCAAUCCCCAGUCCUAUAGAGACAAACUGAUCUGCGAUGGCUCUUUCGAAACUCCCGAUAAGGACCUUUCUUUUGAUGCCAUUCUUGAAUAUCUUGAUGAAGACUCGAAUAUCGAUGAUGAUCCAAAUGACCCGACGCCGAUAAUCCUCUUCUCCAAAGAGGAAAAAAGACACAUGCGCGAACCAUGGAAAAAUGCUCUUAUUGUGAAAACCUUUGGCAAGUCAAUGGGUUAUAAUUUCCUUUACGGGAGUCUCAAAGCCCAAUGGAAACCAGCAGGUAAAUGGGAUUGCAUUGAUUUAGGAUAUGACUUUUUUCUUGUUCGUUUUCAGGUACACGAAGAUCUUAGUAAGGUCAUCAAUGGUGGCCCCUGGUUCGUUGGUACAAACUACCUCACUAUCAGACCAUGGGAACCGAAUUUUAAGCCUGAAAAUGCCACUUUCUCACACAUAGUGGUGUGGGCACAGUUGCCGGGCCUUUCAGCAGAAUACUAUGACACAAUCUCCUUGCAACAUAUUGGCAAUGAAAUCGGAACUCUUCUCCGUGUUGAUGCCCAUACAGCACACCAUACAUGUGGACAAUAUGCUCAUGUGUGUGUUAGAAUAGAUUUGAAUAAACCCCUUGUAAAGCUUCUUAGAUUGGGCAAAAUUCGUUAGAAAGUUGUUUAUGAGGGGAUUAGGGGACUCUGCUUUGUGUGGGGUCGAAUUGGCCAUCGCAAAGAGGUUUGUACCUUUCAGUAUAGGCCAUCUGCAACUGCUAGUGUCAUCAAUUUUGAUCUCCAAAACCAGGCAAACAUUAAUGAAGAUGCUGAAAUCAA